AUGACGAUUGCGAAGAAGCGCAGCAAGAAGAAUAUGGAUAUCGAAUUGUUUGACAAGGGAGGAAAUAAUGAUGGGGGAAAGAUUAUCAUCCAUGCUAUCCCUAACCUGUCCGAAGCGAUCAUUCAGGAUGUAAGUGAUAUUUCUAAAUGUAUCAGCUGCGACGUGGUGGAGAGUUGGCUGCAUCUGGUUAAGUGGAGAUCUGACUGCAUCCGGGACACUGGUUGUACCAGGCACAUGAAGCCUCGGAACAUUGACUUUGUCUCUACUUAUUUCUAUCCCAAUCUGGAGUUGCUACAUACCAGUGGCGCGGCAUUGGACACCGUGACUGCGACAGGAGGAUAUGAAGAGCUUUUGCGUUAUUGGAAACGCAUGCGCAGAGAGGGAUUGUAUGACCCCAACGGAAUGACCGGUAUCGGCGUUUUGAACCAGAAUAGAAGGUGCCAAUGCAGGAAGAAAGUUGCUGCUGGAGAGGGCAUCGACAACUUUGGACAGAAGGACAUACCCCUCAUGCGACAAGGAAUAGCAAAGUUGCUGAGGGAGCAGUUCAAGAGGUUCGGCGCUGCCCAGGUGGCAGUCGGGCUGGGCGGCCGUUACAGUGCUAAGUUUCCGAGUUCGGGCGGAGUCGCCGACGGGCACGCCGAAGUGGAACGCCUGCAGGAGUCAGGCAUCUAUCAGCAGUAG